AGGCCGGGGUUUCCCGGACUUGCAAGAGGACUGGCGUGAGCCACCAUGGCCUGGCAGAGUAUCCCGGUGCCUCGGCUUGAGGGCGUUUCGCAGGAACAGUUCGUGCAGCACCUCUACCCACAGAGAAAACCCCUGGUGUUGGAAGGAAUUGACUUGGGGGCAUGUACAAGCAAAUGGACAGUGGAUUACCUGAGCCAGGUUGGAGGGAGAAAAGAAGUAAAGGUUCAUGUCGCCGCAGUUGCCCAGAUGGACUUCAUUAGUAAGAACUUUGUGUAUAGAACUUUACCUUUUGAUAAGUUGGUUCAGAGGGCAGCUGAAGAAAAGCAUGAAGAAUUCUUUAUUUCAGAGGAUGAGAAGUACUACCUACGGUCGCUUGGGGAAGACCCUAGAAAGGAUGUUGCAGAUAUCAGAAAGCAGUUUCCUUUGCUGGAAGGAGAUAUUAAGUUUCCAAAAUUUUUCAAGGAGGAGCAGUUCUUCUCCAGUGUUUUUCGAAUUAGCUCACCAGGAUUACAACUUUGGACCCACUAUGAUGUCAUGGAUAACUUCUUAAUACAAGUGACAGGAAAAAAGCGUGUUGUGCUCUUCAGUCCUCGAGAUGCCCAGUAUUUAUAUUUAUCAGGUACUAAAUCAGAAGUGCUGGAUAUAGAUAACCCAGACUUAACUAAAUAUCCACUGUUUUCCAAGGCUAGAAGGUAUGAAUGUUCCCUGAAAGCUGGAGAUGUAUUAUUCAUUCCUGCUUUAUGGUUCCAUAACGUGAUUUCUGAAGAGUUUGGAGUGGGAGUGAAUAUCUUUUGGAAGCACCUUCCAUCUGAAUGCUAUGACAAAACAGAUACCUAUGGAAACAAAGAUCCUACAGCAGCAUCAAGAGCUGCACAAAUUUUGGACAGAGCUUUAAAAACACUGGCUGGAUUACCAGAGGAAUACAGGGACUUCUAUGCACGGCGAAUGGUCUUACACAUUCAAGAUAAAGCCUAUAGCCGAAACUUUGAGUAAAUAAUGAAGUGGAUGCCAUGAAUACAAACUUGUAAAUACAGUUCAGCUCAAAUACUGGAAAAAUAUCACCACAUAUAAAUUAUUUUUUUAGAAGAUUCAUUCCUUGUUAAAAUAGGAAGGAAAAGCCCGAGAUUUGUAGAUUAAAUAAAUAUGAAUUGGUGUUUAUGUGGCUUCUAUUUAAUACAGAUUGUUAUGGUUCAGACUGCUAUCCUUGCUGGGACCACUCGAGCUUUCAGA